ACAAUCUCUUUGUAUGAUUUCAGCAGAUUUGUCGUUUGGUAUCUGUUUUGGAUACUUGUGAACAUUAUACUUGUAAAUGUGAUUGUUUCCCUGUUCCUGUUAGUACGGUGUACAUUUGAUACGCGAAGAAAUUUUAGAAGUAUACCGUGAAAUUUAGACCCGAAAGUGUGGCUAACCUGAAAAUGAACUCCUAGGAUCAUGCCGUACCUGAGUAGCAGAAGAAUGUUCAACGCGGGUUUGAACGAUCAUUCAGCUAAAGGCAUUAUGGGUUAUGUGAAACAGGAGGACAUGGAUACUGGCAUUGUGACGGUGAAAAAAGAACUCGGUCUGGAAUUUGAAGAACUGGAAUUCGAAGAUUACAGACCAGAGGAAUUUGGGGAUAAGGUGAUAGAGCUGCUUGGUCUCCAGAAUGUAUCUGCUGAUGCCAAUGGUCUUAAGAUUUCGACACGCCAGAAUGAUCAAAAUUCAGCACAGAUAAUAAUCAAAGAGGAAACUGAAUUUGGUGAUAAGGUGAUAGAGCUAUUGGGUCUCCCAAAUGUAUCAGCAGAUACAAAUAGUGCCAAGGUUCCUACAUUUCAGAACGAUCUUGAAUCAGCACAGAUAAUAAUCAAAGAGGAAAUUGAUUGUGACAUUGACAACGGCUCUGUCAAAGACUUGGAUUCUCCGCAUUUUGCAGAUGAGGCACCAGGUCCAACACUCAGGAGGUCAUCAAGGAGGAGGUGUCAACGGUUUUCUCUAGAUGACCUGUCGGAAAGCUCGACCGACGAAGCUGCAGUGUGCAAAUUCAGAAAGAAGGUGUGGGUACGGAAUUCUUCUCACGACGGAAGAAGAAGAAGAAGAAAAAGAUCGGACCGCGGCACUGUCUGUGGUAAAUUCUUCGAGCUGUACUGCGAUAUAUGCGGCAGAGGUUUCAGCCGGAUCGGAUAUUUGAGGCGGCACGCGGCUACGCAUUCCGAAUCGAAGAGGUACUCCUGCGGCCAGUGCGGGAGGUCUUUCGGGCGCUCCGACAACUUGAGGGAGCACGAGCGGCUGCACGGGGGGGAGAGCUACGGCUGCGACGUGUGCGGCAGCGUGUUCUCGCAGCCGAGCCAGCUGAAGCGGCACGCGCGCCUGCACACGGGGGAGCGGCGCUUCCGCUGCGACGUCUGCGGCAAGGCGUUCCGCGAGCGCCGCUACCUGCGCGACCACCUGCGCGUCCACACGGGCGAGCGGCCGUUCGCCUGCCACGUGUGCGGUAAGUCGUUCACGCAGGCGGCGCACAUGCGGGUGCACGCGCGCCUGCACACCGGCGACAGGCGGCACGGCUGCGACGUCUGCGGCAAGCUGUUCUUCCGCCGCACGCACCUCAAGCUGCACGCGCGCGUGCAUGCGGGGCUCCGCCAGAGGCGGAGGAAGGCGCGACGCUAGAGGGCUGCUGUUCGCCAUAUUUUACCACAGCUUACGGAUAAUUACAGAAAAAUCGUAAGGUACCGUCCUCUGCUGCUUGUUCAGAAGAUCCAAAUGUGUCAGUAAAAAAAAGUGUUACAAACUUCUGAAUAUUUCUAAAGCGUUUGUACGUUGCUGAGAGACGUUUGUAACGUGGCUGACUGUUUGGAUUUUGUGUGCGAGAUUUUGUUGUGAAGUGCGUGUUUUUUUAUACUGCAUAGUGUGUGGUUGAACGUAGUGUACCUAUUGACAGGAAUACUAUCACUUCAAAAACUCCUUGUGUCUGGAGGUGUUUUUUCAUAAUUUGGACCGGUAGCAAUGUAAAGGCUUUGCCCAGUAGCUGAUGGUAGUAUAGUAUAUAUUUUGAUUUUCAUUACAUUCGUGUCAUUAAAAUUGUGUUGUGCAAAGCCCAAGCAACAAGGGCCAACGGUUAAAUAUUUGGAAAGGGCGUGUCAUUUGAAAAGUUGUAAAACAGUUAUUUAUUAUUAAGUGGAACUAGUCCCAGAAUUUACAGUGAUGAUAAAAAUAUAUUGGUCAAAGUGGCGGGAUUGCGCAACCUCAGAUUGCCAAUCGAUGUGUGAUUUAACUCACUCGAUUGGCUUUGGUAAUUUGCCACUCUCGAGGGUGUUGAGCGGUGGUGUGGAUGAUAGUGUGGUUGCAGAACAAAACAUAAAAUAGUAUGUUUAUUACAAUUAAUAAGGGUUUUAUUACAAGAAACUAUAAUUUUUCAGUUUUCAGAGUGUUGGCUGUCAUUGUAGCUUAUUGAGAAAUGCAUGUGAUGAGGUGGUUGUGAAUAAGCCAUGCUGCUUAAACGGCAACAGAAGUUUUAUCCACCAACUUUGAGAGGGAUAUCGUGGUUGCACAAUUUCAACAGAGACAUAUGCUACAGUGUGUAUCUAUGUGAUAUAGUAGAUAUACAGGGUCAUUCAAAAAGAAUACCACAACUUUAAAAAUGUGUAA